AUUUCUUAUAAACAUUCGUGGCCUUCGUUUUUCCACUCUGUUUUCUUCUUAUAUUUUUUAAUUUCCUUUUCUAAUUUGUCUUUAUAUUCGAAAUGCCAAAAUACACAAUCCUUCAUUCUUGAUCAUCUAAAACGACGACGUUUUGGGUUAACGUUUAUGUAUGCAAAUUUGCUUCUACUUUUCGUGACCUUUGAUUUCUGUGUUGUUGUGAUUUACUACGAAACCACUUGGCACCAAAGGUUCUUCUUUCUUCUUUCCUUUCGAUUCUUUUUUUUUGUUUCUUUCUUUUAGCGUUGAGUUCGUGAUUCCAAGAUCAAUACAACUUCACUAGUUAGAGAUACACUAUCAUCAAAGAGAUGAUUCUUCCGAGAAUUGGGUAAAUCUUCGAUUCUGAGUUUCUGGAUUGAAGAACCAGUAACCUAUUUUCAAUUCUCGGGUUUGAUUUGAUGGCUUCUUCAGAUGAUACAUUCUCACAAGUGAUCGAUAUAGGAGUAGAAGAAGAAGAAGAGUCUUUCUAUGCUCGUGAUGAUGAUGUCUUGACUCUGCUUCAACCUACUUCACCACCAACGAUAUCUAGUGCCAAGAACAUUCCAAAACCUCCUCCUCUUCCUUGUAUUACCUACCAGCGUUUCCAAGCUAGUACAAGGAAAACUUCUAGCUUAUCGCGCCUUGUGCCUAAAGAAGCAGUAGAAACUUGGGAUAAGCUUUUUAAGGAAGGAUUUGGAGCAGAUACAUAUGUUGAAACCGAUAACAAAUCUCACUUUCCUGCCCAUUCAAGUGUCCUGGCUGCAGCCUCACCAGUUAUGGCGAAACUUUUGAAUCAAUCGAGGGAUAAAAAUGGGAAAACAUACCUCAAAAUCCCUGGAGUUCCUUGUGAAGCAGUCCACAUGUUCAUUCGGUUUCUAUACUCUUCCUGCUACGAGGAGGAAGAAAUGAAGAAGUUUGUGCUCCACUUAUUGGUUCUGUCACACUGCUACUCGGUCCCAUCUCUUAAAAGAGUUUGUGUAGAGAUUCUCGAUCAAGGAUGGAUUAACAAGGAGAAUGUGAUAGACGUGCUUCAAUUAGCAAGAAACUGUGACGCUACAAGGAUUUGCUUUGUAUGUCUUUCCAUGGUCAUCAAAGACUUCAAAUCUGUAUCUUCAACAGAGGGAUGGAAAGUGAUGAAACGCGCUAAUCCUUUGCUCGAACAAGAGCUCAUUGAGGCAGUCAUCGAAGCAGACACCAGGAAACAAGAAAGAAGGAAAAAACUCGAGGAGAGAGAAGUGUAUAUGCAGCUUUAUGAAGCAAUGGAAGCUCUUGUCCACAUAUGUAGUGAAGGUUGUGGGACAAUUGGACCUCGCGAUAAGGCCCUUAAAGGAAGCCAUACCGUGUGUAAAUUCCCGGCGUGUAAAGGGCUUGAAGGUGCGCUCCGACAUUUCUUGGGAUGCAAGUCCAGGGCUUCAUGUCUUCAUUGCAAAAGGAUGUGGCAGCUUCUUCAGCUUCACUCUUGUAUCUGUGACGAUUCUAAUUCUUGCAAAGUUUCUCUCUGCUGGAAUUUCAAGGAGAAAAUGAAGAAGCUUAGCAAGAAAGAACAAUCUAAAUGGCGAUUGCUUGUAGAAAACAUUAUUACGGCGAAGAACAGUCUCGGGCCCUUCUCUUCACGUCCUUCUGGUUUGAUAUAGAACAGGUUUUAGUUUUUAGUGUAUAGCCAGUUAGCCACAAAAAGAAAACGUACAUAUGCGCAGGGUAAAGUGUAUAUUGCGCACCAAUACGGCGCACAAUAGUGGUUUUGAACAAACAUUGUCAAUAUCAAGUUGGUUGUUAUAUAUAUGCCGAGUCGUGAUUCGUGACGGUCAUGUGAA